GGAAAUACAGUAUAACCAAUUCAAAAUGUGUUCUUCCUUUUUCCUAGGAAGCCUGAUGAAAUGCCAUUUGGUACAAAGCAUGCUUCUGAUGUCCCUGAGCAAAACGUCCUGAUUCAGGAAAAUCUCAGUCAGCAUGACAAGAUGCACAUUUGUCAGCGGUCUUUUGAACACAAUGGGAAAGCAAAACCUUUCACCAGGAAGAAGAUAUUCGUUGUGUGUGAGAAAGUUGACAUCAAUGACCCGUGUCAUAAGCAAGCUGUCAAUUGUGGAGAAAAAAUUGAGGUUGAAUGGAAAAUGUUGCAUAACAAUGCUAACUUUGGCACAAAGCAGCAAACACAAUCAGAAGAGAAACAGCAUGAACAUUUCCAGAGUGAGAAAGCUCUUAUCUAUAAAACAGAUGUGAAAGUAAACCAGAUACCACAAGCAGGAAAACAUCAGUGUAUAUGUGGCUACUGUAAAAAAUCUUUUAGCUAUAAAUCUUACCUUACAACCAAUCAGAGAACUGACAUGGGAGAAAGUUUCUAUGUGUGCAAUGAAUGUAAAGAGAACAUAGGUCAUAAGUCAGAACUCACUAGAGAGCAGAUAGCUCAGACUGGAGAGAAGGCAAAUCAAUGUACAGAGCUGGGAAAAGCUUUUUCCCGGAAAUCACAUCUAAGCUCACAUCAGAGAAUCCACACCGGGGAAAAGGCUUAUGAAUGUAGCCAGUGUGGAAAAACUUUUUCUUGGAAUUCACAUCUAAGGUCACAUCAGAGAAUCCACACAGGCGAAAAGCCUUAUGAAUGUAGCCAGUGUGGAAAAGCUUUUUCUUGGAAAUUACAGCUAAGCUCACAUCAGAGAAUCCACACAGGCGAAAAGCCUUAUGAAUGUAGCCAGUGUGGAAAAGCUUUUUCCCGGAAAUCACAUCUAAGCUCACAUCAGAGAAUCCACACUGGGGAAAAGCCUUAUGAAUGUAGCCAGUGUGGAAAAGCGUUUUCCCAAAAAUCACAUCUAAGGUCACAUCAGAGAAUCCACACCGGGGAAAAGCCUUAUGAAUGUAGCCAGUGUGGAAAAGCUUUUUCUUGGAAAUUGCAGCUAAGCUCACAUCAGAGAAUCCACACUGGGGAAAAGCCUUAUGAAUGUAGCCAGUGUGGAAAAGCGUUUUGCCGGAAAUCACAUCUAAGCUCACACCAGAGAAUCCACACUGGGGAAAAGCCUUAUGAAUGUAGCCAGUGUGGAAAAACUUUUUCCCGAAACUCACAUCUAAGCUCACAUCAGAGAAUCCACACCGGGGAAAAGGCUUAUGAAUGUAGCCAGUGUGGAAAAACUUUUUCUUGGAAUUCACAUCUAAGGUCACAUCAGAGGAUCCACACAGGCGAAAAGCCUUAUGAAUGUAGCCAGUGUGGAAAAGCUUUUUCUUGGAAAUUACAGCUAAGCUCACAUCAGAGAAUCCACACAGGCGAAAAGCCUUAUGAAUGUAGCCAGUGUGGAAAAGCUUUUUCCCGGAAAUCACAUCUAAGCUCACAUCAGAGAAUCCACACUGGGGAAAAGCCUUAUGAAUGUAGCCAGUGUGGAAAAGCGUUUUCCCAAAAAUCACAUCUAAGGUCACAUCAGAGAAUCCACACCGGGGAAAAGCCUUAUGAAUGUAGCCAGUGUGGAAAAGCUUUUUCUUGGAAAUUGCAGCUAAGCUCACAUCAGAGAAUCCACACUGGGGAAAAGCCUUAUGAAUGUAGCCAGUGUGGAAAAGCGUUUUGCCGGAAAUCACAUCUAAGCUCACACCAGAGAAUCCACACUGGGGAAAAGCCUUAUGAAUGUAGCCAGUGUGGAAAAACUUUUUCCCGAAACUCACAUCUAAGCUCACAUCAGAGAAUCCACACCGGGGAAAAGCCUUAUGAAUGUAGCCAGUGUGGAAAAACUUUUUCUUGGAAUUCACAUCUAAGGUCACAUCAGAGGAUCCACACAGGCGAAAAGCCUUAUGAAUGUAGCCAGUGUGGAAAAGCUUUUUCUUGGAAAUUACAGCUAAGCUCACAUCAGAGAAUCCACACAGGCGAAAAGCCUUAUGAAUGUAGCCAGUGUGGAAAAGCUUUUUCUUGGAAAUUGCAGCUAAGCUCACAUCAGAGAAUCCACACUGGGGAAAAGCCUUAUGAAUGUAGCCAGUGUGGAAAAGCGUUUUGCCGGAAAUCACAUCUAAGCUCACACCAGAGAAUCCACACUGGGGAAAAGCCUUAUGAAUGUAGCCAGUGUGGAAAAACUUUUUCCCGGAAAUCAUAUCUAAUCUCACAUCAGAGAAUCUAUACCGGGGAAAAGCCUUAUGAAUGUAGCCAGUGUGGAAAUGCUUUUUCCUGGAAAUCACAGCUGAGGAUACAUCAGAGAAUCCACACGCGGGAAAAGCCUUAUGAAUGUAAAUAAAGCCGAAAAGCUCAGAAAUCACAUCUAAGCUCACAUCAGAGAAUCCAUAAACAGUGAAAAGCCUUAAGAAUGUUGCCAGCGUGGAAAAAGUUUUAGUGAUAAUUCAUUCCUAAUCAUACUUAACAGAUUCCACACAGGGUAAAAGCUUUAUGCAUGUAGCCAGUGUGGAAAAGUUUUUUGCACAAAAUCAGACCUAAUGAGACAUCAGAGAAUGCAUACUGGACAAAAGUGUGUGAAACUAUCAUUUCCACAUUUUCUUUUUCUCCUUCCUGUUUCUGUGGUGGGGUACUACUAGAAGGCAUUCCCACCCUCUUAACCACCCAAGUACCCAGGGAUGGAGACUCCCCCUGCUGACCGCCCAGGGUCCUUAGGUGGGGCAUACACCGAGGGUUCUGCCUAGGUGUUUUCAAUAGUUCUGAUAUGUUGUUAGGCUCACUGACUUAAGGGAAUACUUUGUAUGCCCAUUGACUGACAGUAAACCUUAGAGUCUGCAUUCACCCAGACAUUUGUUGUCGUUGUUUGGCUGGGGUGGUUUUCCAGUUUAUUCUGUCCUCCCUCUGUGAUGGUCCAGAGGUCCUCUUCAGGGCUCAGUGAGUUAUAAUAUUCUAUAUUGGCUGGGCCAGCUGCCCAUGAAUCCAACUUUUUUGCUGAGGAGCAUUAGUUGUCAAAAGUGUGCCAUGACCUGAGCUAGGUAACCAGGGCCCAACAGGACCAUCAUCAAUGGGGCUCAUGGACACAGCAUCAACUGUGCAGACUGGUGAAUGGCCAAGGCCAGGAGAUGCAGGCCUGCGAGUUCCCCUACAACCAAGCAACAUGGACCCAGCAUCAAUCACACUUGUGAGCCUAAGGAUUUGGGCCAAGCAACCUAGUCCCGACUGGAUCGCCAACUCCCAAUGCUAACAGACCUAGCACUCACUACAAAGGCAGGGCAAGGACACAGGCCAAUUGACACACAUACCUCUGAAUACCAUAGGAUCUUGGCUCACGAACCUGGCAGCAACAUCAUAACACACCUAGGGUCAAAGCACAGCUCUCAGGGCCCGGGGUGAGGCUGAAGAAGGGGCGGACCAAGCCACCCCCAGAAGAGUCCGGCCACCACCCGACGCUCCCAGGGGCAGGGAGUGGGGGUGCUGGGUACUCAGCUAAGGGUCACAGACUGCUCAUGGCCGGCCACUCUUUCUCCUGGCUAAGGAACUCUUAGUGCCAAUCCUGGGACAUGCAUAAGCCAGUGUGGGUAUAGGUUGGUUGGGGAUUUCCAAGGCAAUAGCUGGCAGAUGCUGGCACAGGGCCCGGAUUCUGUCAGACAUAGUCAUGGCUAGACAGAUGCUGGCACCGGCUGGCAAUUAUGUGGACAGGAUAGUGGGGCUGGUUGGGAUGAACCGGG